ACAGAAUCAGGAAGGACACUGGCUGACUGACAGGGUUUGCAGCCCAAUCAUGAAGGGAAGCCUGCUGUUGAUGUUUACUGUGCUGCUUGUCCUGCACAUCACUAACAGUGUGAACGCAGGACUCAUCAACAAGGUGAUUUCAAAAUUCUCGCAGAAAAUAAAACUAAACAUGGCUCCAAAUACAGUGGACUACAUGUAUACAUCCUGUUCUAAAAAGAUGCUUGACGAAGUGCAAGGCAUCCUAGAAAAGGAAAAACAACAAGAUGAAGAAUAUAACAAGUUGUGGGAAGGGGCAAAAAAAUUAGCAAAAAAAGACGUUGACACUACAGGUCUGACACCAUUGCAUAAUAUGGCACUGUAUUUGUAUACCAUGGAAACAAAGAUGGAAAAAAGUGGAAAAUCAUUUUACCAAAAAUUCAAUGAUGAAGUUAGAAAUCCUGUAUCAAAGAAUUUCCCAUAUAAGUCUGCAUACUUCCUAUUAACUGAUGCAAUAUGGAAACUUAGAGAAAACGAGAUGAACAAGAUGAAUAAAAAACUUGAGUGUGUGACCACCUAUAGAGGCACCACACUGUCUUAUGAAACUGCAGCAGUUGGAAGAGAAUUUCGAUUUGGUGCUUUUACAUCCAGCUCCAUGAAGAAAUCUGAGGCUCUGAAAUUUGGGAAAAAAACAUGUUUCAUAAUCUCAACAUGUUAUGGAGCCAAUAUUACACCAUAUUCAGCAUUUAAAACGGAAGAAGAGGUACUAAUUCCACCCUAUGAGAAGUUUAAAGUUACCGACAUCUUUAAAAAAGGAAAAGGAGACAUGCAUGAAUGUGAUAUCACUUAUGUGGUGAAGAGUUCCGGAAUUCAGGGUAACGAAGUGUGUUCUUGGGUUGAUAAGGGCUCACUUUAAGUUCCUGUACAUUGUCUUGGUCAUAAGAUCUCCUGCUUUGUUAGAGCACAGAUUGUGAGCUCAGUUCACUUAUAUACAGUACUGCUUGUUUUCUUCUCCUCGCUUUCAAUGCACUCCUUAGUAACGUGUGACGUGCGGCUUUAAUGUUGUGAUUUAACUGCGCAAACUCACCUGUCAGCUUGUUUAUCAAUUUCAGUAAAUAAAAGCAAAG